AUGUUUCUGUCUCUUCCCAACGUUGACUGUCCUUAUUCCGUUGGUCCUUUAGCAGGACUGUUCUACUCAGCCUCCGUGGAAGAAAUUCCACAGGGCUGCACUAACACAGCCAGCCUGUGCUUUUAUAGUCUGCUCCUGCCCAUUACCAUACCAGUUUAUGUGUUCUUCCACCUUUGGACUUGGAUGGGUAUUAAACUCUUCAGCAUAAUUAAUACAAACCAGAGCCAGAGGACAUAUAUGUCAUGUCUAUCUCUGAAAGCUCAACUACAUGGAAAAUACAGAAACCCACUUAAAUUGCAGGAAAGGUGCUUUGCCUUGCUUCUCUCAGAGGUUUAG